CGUCACAUUUGUAUGGUUAACCGCAUAAUUAUCAAGACGAUUUAUUAUUAUUUACACGAUGCAGGCAGCCAGUAGCGUUUUUCUACUUCUCACUUGUUCUGUUUUGUUAGUUACCCCUAAGAACUUUACACCAAUUGUCCUCUGGCAUGGAAUGGGGGACGCUUGCUGUUUUCCAUACAGUUUGGGAGCAAUACAAAAACACCUCAACGACAGUUUACCCGGCGUCCACAUGCUUUCGUUAAAAAUUGGCAACAGCGUAAUUGACGACUUCGAAAACAGUUACUUCAUGCAUCCAAAUAAGCAAGUGACAAUGGCGUGCGAAAUGAUUCAAGCCGAUCCUUUGCUGCGCAAGGGAUAUAACGCCGUGGGAUUUUCGCAAGGAUCUCAAUUUAUGAGGGCGCUGGCCCAACGUUGUCCCGUACCUAAAAUGAGAACCCUGGUUUCCGUGGGAGGGCAACACCAAGGUGUGUACGGUCUACCAAACUGCCUGUCAGUAGAUCACCAAACUUGUGACUAUCUCAGGCGAAUACUCAAUCAUGCCGCUUAUUACAGGUGGCUGCAACACUCAUUGGUUCAAGCCACUUACUGGCACGAUCCCCUAAAUGAAGAUCUAUACAAGCAAGGCAGCACUUUUUUGGCAGACAUAAAUAACGAAAGGGCGAUUAACCAGUCCUACAUCGACAACUUGAGGGCACUAAAGAAUUUUGUUAUGAUCAAAUUCGAAGGGGACACGAUAGUGCAACCCAUGGAAACGGAAUGGUUCGGGUUCUACAAACCGGGACAAGCUAAGGAAAUACAAACGUUGCAGGAAUCUGAACUGUACAAGCAGGAUCGCCUAGGCUUAAUGAAAAUGGAGCGAGAUGGUAAAUUGCACUUUAUGUCGUUGCCUGGAAACCAUUUGCAAUUUGAAUGGUCGUGGUUUGAGAAAAAUGUCAUCGAUGUGUAUUUUAAGUAGUUUUAGGGGCCCUGGGACACCCCACCACCUAAGUGCUUAGCAUUUUAAAGGAUAGAUCAGAUGGUAACGUGGUGCAGUUUUGAAAUAGAUUAGCUAACAACAAUUAAAAAAAGUUUGCUUUAUUUCACCUACUAUAACUAAUAUGAAAUUAAAAUAUACAAAACUA